CCGGUACCGGCUUCCUCCGCGUCCGCAGCGAUCCGGAGCCCCUGCUCCGCAGGAGGAAGGGACGUGAGGCCGGACGGGGGCUCUCGGCGCCUCCCCGGGCUCCCGCUCCCCCGGCGGAGGCACUUCCGGGACGGGCGGAGCACUAUAUAAGGGUUCGGCGUGGCGGCCGGAUCCUCUUUCGCCUCGUCUGUUCCGAGAUGACCAAGAAGAGGCGGAACAACGGGCGGGCCAAGAAGGGCCGCGGGCAUGUCCAGCCCAUCCGCUGCACCAACUGCGCCCGCUGCGUCCCCAAGGACAAGGCCAUCAAGAAGUUCGUCAUCCGGAACAUCGUGGAGGCGGCCGCGGUGCGGGACAUCUCCGAAGCCAGCGUCUUCGAUUCGUACGUGCUGCCCAAGCUGUAUGUGAAGCUGCAUUACUGCGUCAGCUGUGCCAUCCACAGCAAGGUGGUGAGGAACCGUUCCCGGGAGGCCCGGAAGGACCGUACCCCUCCGCCCAGGUUCAGGCCUGCGGGCGCUGCCCCGAGACCUCCCCCCAAGCCCAUGUGAGGAGAUGGGGCUGGAAAAGUGCAUCUUGAGACAUUGCCUCAAUAAAUGACUUUACAUCUGG